AUAAAGCGGCAGAACCCAAAUCAGCUGACCUCACAUCACCUCCCCUCUAUAUAACCUGUGCAGGGCUGAAUUGGCUCAUUUCAGAAGUGGUGGAGUACAGCUGGAAAGGAUCACUCACUCCUGCUAGCCUGGCAUCAGAGCACCAUGAAUGAAAGAUGGUAACCAUGAGACAGUCGGCCAUCGUUCAGCACUACUGUGAUGCAGCUGUAUGUUUGUGUCUGGUUUUGUAAGCAGCCGGGUCCCAAUGAAAGGAAGUCGGAGCUGCUGCCGGCCGGGUGGAAUGCCGACAAGGACCUGUACACGCUGCGAUACAAGUCCAUGGACGACCGCCACGAGCUCCUGCUGAAGGCGAUCAUGGUGGACACCAGCAUGAUUCUCAACGUCAUGGAUUGCAGCUCAAAGCAGGUGGCUGAUUUGACCUUGACAGUGGCAGAUUACAUCGACCCGGAGCACUUGGCUGAUUUCCACAGGGUGUACAAGAACAUUGAGGAGCUGCAGACCAGGGUUGUCACAGGCAUCAUCUCUCCGUUGCAGGCUCCCAAAGAGAAGGGUGACCCCAAAAAGGAGGCCAAGCCCGAGAAGACAGUCCCGCCUGCCUCCACUGAGGAUUAUGACCCCUUGAGGAUUCCUCCCUGGCAGCCUCUGGGUGGCCGGCAGCCAUCCUGGCCUGAUCCCCGGGACCCCUUUGCUGUGGGUGGAGAGGACCUGGACCCCUUUGGGGGCCGGAGGGGCGGUAUGAUCGCCGAUCCACUCCGCUCCAGAUUUCGAAGGCCUCUUAUCGACCCAUCGUCAGGUCUCCCAAACAGGCUUCCUCCUGGGGCUGUUCCCCCAGGUGCCAGAUUCGACCCAUUUGGACCAGGGGGCGGCCGUCCUGCAGGGCCAGAUCCAGAUCACCUUCCCCCUCCGGGGUACGACGACAUGUUCAUGUGACUUCACUGAGAGAGAAGCGCCUUUUCCCCACCUUUCCCCUUUUUGGAAGAUUCUCUUCAGCUGUAGUUUUCUCCCCGGGCACUAGAGUCUUUCCCUGCACUGCAGAUCAGCUGUAAAGGUUUCACUGCAUGUAUAACAGCAGAGAAGGCAGCGUGUGGAUCUCGUCUCUCCGCCUGAUGCCCCGGGGAAAUCCGUAGCCGUUUGUAAUCUAACACCUGUUGAAACAUGACUGCCGUGCACUAAGAACAGAAAGCAGCUUGGGGUGUGUUAUUCAGAACUGGAACUGCCCUAUGAGAACUGUAUGGAAAAAAAUGUCAUUUCCUUUGCUUUCCUUGUAUCGCCUUCUCUGGACGGCCGUGAUGUGUGCUCUGGGAUUUACUCAGCUAGUUGUUGCUAGCCACCACCGGUCUGGUAACGACUUGGUCUUGACGAGCUUGCCGGUGCAGAGUCCCACAUUCCAUACUUGCUCCCAUCUGGCCACGCGUACGUCUCAGACAGGCCUGGCCUAGAGCGCAGUGAGUUACUGAGGUGUGGAUGCAGGAAGCUCCAGUGUGCCUGCCGGGAAGGGCUUGUAAAGGCAUCUGGGGUUUCUCCUCUGCUCUGUGCUCACCUUCGCCCCUCAGCUGCCAGUAGAAUAAGGGGUUAGGAAGGGCUGAGUGGGGCAAUGGAUUAAUUCUUCAAUUUCUGCCUCUAGAGCAGCAUGGCCAGAUCCUCAGCUGGUGCAGCCAGACCUAAUUGCAUUGGCUCCAGUGGGGCUCCAUUGAGUUAGAUCCGCUGAUCAUCUGGCCCCUAGAUCUAAAGACACCAACACACAAUCUAGUCAAUUAAAAAAAAGUCACCAUUAGUUUCAGAUCCUGCCCCUGCAUCUCCCUUGCUGGUUUGUGUGGUUCUUAUGAUCACGUGUCUGUUCCUAAGUCUCUCUCCCCGAUUGCUGAGGGGGAAUCUUACACAGACGCCGGGAAGAUGGCAUUGACUGUAUCCCAAGUGCUGUCAAACGCACAAAGGGAACUAGCUGGGGACCCACAGAAAGCUGGAGAAUGUUUUUUCUCUGCCCGUGCUCAGUCAAAUCUGGAAUAACUCCAUUUGUUUUGGUGGAGUCCCUGCGUGCUGCAAUUACAUUGGAGUAGCUGAGAUCAGGGUGGUUUAUAGUUUCUGGGUGGGGUGAUGUAAGAAUGGGGUGGAGGGUCGCUUAUAGCUGUUGUGCUUGGACUUCCCUUGUGUUUUACGGGAGGCAUUUUUCAGGUGGCUGUUCUUUGUUUUGUUAAUUCAGUCACACCAGGCUAGUAUGUUAACAGGAUAGUUCCUGUCCUCUGCAGAUCCUGUCCAGUUGAAUUCAGUGGUGUCAAUUUUCCAAAGUGACUACUGAUUUGGGGUGCCGCUGUGUCUGAGGUGCCUUAGAGGGGCCUGAUUUUCAGAAGGCAAGCACCUAGCACGGUCUGAAAAUCCUGCCCUGUUGCAGGAUCGUUGUGCUGGGACCCAGCAUUGUUAGUUACUUUUGAAAAUUUAAGUCACUGAUUCUCCUGAUUCUUCUUGGUUUGAAUUUUUUUAAAGGAUCUUAUAACUAAAAUAAAAACUGGGUGAACUGCU